GACCGGGACCUGGCUCUCCUGUGCGACAGCAGGCAGGCAGGCAGAGCGGCGGCGCGGCAGUGGGAGGCUUUCUCGCAAGCGUAAGAGAAGCAGCGAUCAGGGGAGCAAUCCACGCACAUUUAUCACGGAGAGCAGAGGGAGGAGAGAGAGCGGGAGGGGGAGACGGAGGGAGGGAGGGGGGUGUCGCGGGACCAGAAGACACAGAUACUGAGGCGAGGCUGAGAUGGGGAUGCGAGACUGAGGCAGCUGAGGAGGGCGGGCGUGACUCCGGCCGCUGCUGAAAUUAGCCAGAAGACAGGACAGCGCGUCUGCAGCGGUUCAGCCUGGCUGGAUGCAGCGCGGCAGCUGAUUUAUCACUGGAGCGCUGGGUGGCAGCGUGUUUGCGUGUGCGGCUCGUAGAGAGAGAGAGAGAGAGAGAGGGAGAGAGAGCGAGUGAGAGAGAGAGAGAGAGCGCGCGCGUGUGCGUUUUUUAUGGGUCCUUGCCGCGCAUGGAGCGAUGGGAGCCAGCCAUUCCUCCAGUCAUAAAAUGACAUUCAGCAGGCAGGAGCUCUGUGCGCUGGGGAGGAAGUAGCAGCGGGAUCAGAGCGAGGAGGUAAGACAUCCCUUCAUGGCUCCAGUGUCUUCUGGGUAGCAAGGGUGCAGCGAAGGCACAGGAAGAUGUGAGGACGAGCCCGAGACCAACUGAUGGCAGGGAGAGUCGACAGAGCACAAGGAGUGACCUGGAGGUAGGGAGGAGGACGACAGAAGAGGGAGGAGGAAAGAGCAAGAGAGAGGGUGAUCAUGGCUGUCAGGGAGUGAGCUAUAGCAUAUGCUGUAGCGCCAAACAGAGUGGUGCGGCAGGGGGAGGACAGGCAUCACUGCACAAGUGAGGAGGAGAGGAGAGGGGGGGGGGUCCGAUAAGCACCUCUUCCCCGCCAGGUUGGGAAGCAGGACAGAAGAAAAGGAUCUCCCACGCACUGACAAGCAGCCAGGUCGACGGGUAGAGGUCAAAAAGGAGCUGGUGUGGGACACCGCUCGGAUGCUCUCCUGCUGCUCGGCGGGUCCACCAGAAAGCAGGCCGGUCCUGGAGGGAGAAGCGCCAGAGGAAGAGGAGUGGGCUCCUCCAGAAGUGUUUCGUCGGAGAACUCGGUCACCUUCCUGCCACCAUGGGGGAAUGGACCAUCCUGGAGAGGCUGCUGGAGGCGGCGGUGCAGCAGCACUCCACCAUGAUCGGGAGGUGGCCAGAAAAAGGAGACCAAAGGGAUGUUCGCGUUGCUCUGUUUCUGCUGGAUAUGAUCCUGCUGACGGUGGUGGUGAUCUUCCGCAUCCUGAUCGUGGGGAUUGUUGGCGAGAAGGUGUACGAGGAUGAGCAGAUCAUGUUCAUCUGCAACACCAUGCAGCCCGGCUGCAACCAGGCUUGCUACGACAAGGCCUUCCCCAUCUCGCACAUCCGUUUCUGGGUCUUCCAGAUCAUCCUGGUCUGCACGCCCAGCCUGUGCUUCAUCACCUACUCCGUGCACCAGUCGGCCAAGGCGCGGGACCGGAGCUACUCGCUGCUGCAUCCCUACAUGGAUCACCACGGCCACGGCCAUCACGGCCGCCACCACGACCAUCACGCUCGCAAGCUUCACUCGCGGAACAUCAACGGCAUCUUGGUGCACCCGGACAGCAGCAAGGAGGAUCACGACUGUCUGGAGGUCAAGGAGAUCCCCAACGGACCGCGGGGACUCCCCCAAACACACAAGAGCGCCAAAGUCCGCCGACAGGAGGGCAUCUCCCGCUUCUACGUCAUCCAGGUGGUCUUCCGCAACGCGCUGGAGAUCGGCUUCCUGGCCGGCCAGUACUUCCUCUACGGCUUCAACGUGCCCGGGAUGUUCGAGUGUGACCGCUACCCCUGCGUGAAGGAGGUGGAGUGCUACGUAUCCCGCCCCACGGAGAAGACCGUCUUCCUGGUCUUCAUGUUCGCCGUCAGCGGCAUCUGCGUGCUGCUCAACCUAGCGGAGCUCAACCACCUGGGCUGGAGGAAGAUCAAGACGGCCAUCCGCGGGGUGCAGGCCCGGAGGAAGUCCAUCUGCGAGGUGCGCAAGAAGGACGUCUCUCAUCUGUCCCAGACCCCCAACCUGGGCCGGACCCAGUCCAGCGAGUCGGCCUACGUCUGACAGAGGCUCCUCCGCCUGGGUGCUGCAGGACUCCUUCCACCGUGUCGGAGAGCUUCUCCGGGACCCUGAAGACUCGGGCACAAACUCACCACUGCGUUAUUAUUCAGGAGCACAGGUAGACUUUGUGUGAUCGCGGUGAAGCAUCGAUUCACAAAGCGUCCCGAACACUUCAAGAGCGAUGAAUCAUCCUCUUCUAAAGACGACUGUGUCGCUGGAUCAAAGCUUUCGCCUCCAGCUUUCACAAAGGAGACUUCUCCUCCGCCUAGGUGACACUGGGUGCCUUUAAACAAGCCAACAGAGAAACACUCAGCAAGUACGAGUUCUAUACUGCUGUCCAAGUAGAGCGAGAAGUCGCGAGAAGACCUUCAUUGUUUGCCUUUGCUGUAGAAAAUAAUCCCUCUUUUCUUAUCACCAGUGCAUAUGCAAGCUUCAGCGUGUGCAUGCAUACGCAUGUGUGCCAGGAAAAAAGCCAAUCUUUGACGGGAGUCGGAAAAUUGAAUCCGCACCGAGAGAGCGAGAGAGCGAAUCACGAGGCUCGCUCUCCUGCAAAAGCACCUUCAGAGUAACCUCCAUCCAGCUGCGUGUUCACGUGACCCUUUGUCGCACAGACGACAGCAGAUCGCUUGUAGCAGAAGUCGUGUCCAACAGUGAUGACGUCAUCACCUCAACACAUUAUGGCUUGUCCUUUAUGAUUCUUUUGCCCCCUUACUGACCUAGCGUCACCCCCCCCCCGAUGAUGUCAUCGCGCCGAACUCUGACACUUCAGGCGCCCGAGGUUUUCGCCUUCUGGGCUGCAACGACUGCUGACGUGAUCGAAGCGAAACACAAUUUGCAUCACAAACCAACACUGUGUUGUGACCCGAGUGCCUGCGAGGCAUCCUGUUUACGGUCAGAACCCGCUCCAGUCGGUCACCUUUCUACGUGUCGCUGCUCUCUACGGGUACGCAAGGACUUCCUCGCCGUUUUUCAGUGUCGUCACAAGCGUUUUUCACUCAACGAUCUGGUGCCAUAUUUCCAAGGUACUGUACAUAGAUGACACGUAGCCUUCCCCCUGUAGACGGGCCUCACUUGUACUUGGCAACAGGGGCGAUCAUGACGAUCCAUCGUAGAUUAUGCAGCUUUAACAACAUGUAUUAUUAACGUGCUCUUUGUUAGCCUUCGCCCCCUGAUGGAGACUGUUCGUUGCAGGAAGUGUUUCCCCUCUUACGGACUGAAUAAGGCAUGUUACCGAAGCAUUACUAGAAUGGAUAGAUAAUGAUAUGUACCUUUAAAGAGUUUCAUUUAUUUGCAUCCUGCUCCUGUGAAAUGUACUACUCAGCAUGCAUGACGAUGAAAAUAUAGAGAAAUGAAACCAGUCUCCCACUGGGGGACCCUGAGAGACCAGACCCAGGAGGCUCCAGAACUGCAGCAAUAAUAAUAAUAAUAUGAAUAAUAUGAAUAAUAUAUAGAGUAUGUGAAGAGAAAUGUAAAUAAAUUAUUAUGCAAA